GUGGAACUCCCUGCUUCAAGAGGCUAGGGGUCCUCUUCUUCUCUAUCUUUGUUCUACCGGGAAUUGAAAACCUUUCAUUUUUAAGCAAGUUUUUGAUUCCGUUCCUGCUUAAUAUGUUGAUAGCUAGUGCUGCUCUUUGUUCCUCUUUUUUGUAAUAAUUUGUUUUGUAAUAAUUGGGCCGUUGUGAUUUUUAUCUUCGCUUACUUGUAAACUGCCUCGAGGAGGAGUCUGAAUGAUCCAGCAGGGCUCUCCUGGUGUUUUUAACACCCAGAAGGUUAUCUGGUGGGAUGCCAGAGCAAUGCCAUUGAUUUGCCUUGCCUGAAAUGCUCUCUGUUCACCUGGGCAUGUGGAGACAGAAUGCAUUCCACAAAUGCAAGCAGCAAUCUGACUCUCACCUUUUCAGUAUGGACACACCUCCUGGUAAGCAUCCAAAGGAAAAAUCUUUUGAGGGUUGUUGUGUUGUUGUUUUUUAAAAACCAGCCAAUUACUGCAGUGCUUUUGCAUUUGGCAGGUAAUAUAAGAGAUCAUUUGCCUGCCUUUCUGUCCUGUCCCCCACCCUGCCCUCAGCUUGUUUAAUUGCAUGGGUGUUUAUUUUGGAGGUGGGGGGUCAUGAUUAGCAGGUAAUGAUUAAUCCAGAGAGCCAGAAAUUAGGAGGGAAUUAGGAAGGAAAGUGUGGGCUAGCUCCUGGAAGUGAGCUGACGUGUGUUAUUAUCUAGUCAGGCCUGAUAUAAAUAGUGCCUGCAGGACCAGGAAGGAAAAGCACAUGAUGGAAACUCUCAAUGAACGAGCAGGGAAUGUGAAGUGGUCUCUGUAAAGCUCUGGAACGAUCAGAUGAUUCCAAGGACUGUGUUGCGGCACUCCACAGCUCGUAUUUCAACAUAUGAGGAGGAGUGCCAAAGUUAAGAAGAAAGGGGGGUGAAGAAAGUGACAAUUGCAGAGAAGAUUGUAAAGCUACUACCGUUCUUCUGUUGCCUGGCUCCAGAAGCACCAAGCAAGAAGGAGCCAAAAUGAGCAAGAACAUGAAGAGGAGCUUCAAGGAAAAAUUGGCCCUGAGGAACCAUUUGGUGAAGGAAGCCCUCUCAGAAUUCCUGGGAACGUUCAUUCUUGUAGUAAGUGUGAGCAGCUUCCUGCCUGCCUCCCUCCCUCUUUUCCUUCCUAACAGGGUUGACCCAAAGCAGAGCAACUGGUGAGUGGUAUCUUCUGCCACAGCAGUUCAACAAGGAAGGUUGAGGUGUGCUGCCCACUCAGCUGUUGUGCUGCCUUAUAAAACAUAGCAGUCCCAGAUUGAGGGAUGAGGGGCACAUUCAAGUCUGUUUUCAUUUAAAGGGAAAGUCACCAAAUUAGCAGUUUCCAAAAGUGUGCAGAGCAAAAUGAGGCCAUCCUUUGAAAUUCACACGUCUCCAAAUUUUGCAUUUCUCCAGCCCAAAUGAUGUGUAUCUACUAGGGUAGUGUGCAAAUAAAUGCAUGCAUUGGUGAAAAUGACAUACGAAAGCACAUUGUGUUAGAGAAAAUUGCUUUGCAAAAAUAUUAUUGCUUGACUUUAUUUGGCAAGUUAAAUAUAUAACUUGAUUGUAAUAAAACUUUUAUGCCAUUUACAAGAAAUGUUAUGUAUUGUCUUAGGUAUAAAAUGCACGUUAAAAUGCUGAAGAAUUUUCAGGACCUAAAAAAAAAAAGUUUGCUAGCUGAUGUGGAAAUGUGGAGAAACUGAAUUUAGGACUGGAAAAAUAAUAAACUGAGGGAAAGUGAAAUUCUCAGAUUUGCUCCCCAGUUUAUUCAUUCCCCAGUGCUUACUGGCUAAACUGGUGUUGAGCGGGCUGUGCAAAGGGUGGCUGGGUGCAUGCUUUUUUUCACAUAAUGCACAAGCUGCCCUUUCUAUGCCCAGCACAUUAUGACUAUUUCUAUGGUGCUCUCAGUGUGCCUGAUGAUUUAGAAAGGUUCAAGAGGACAGCUCCCUGCCCCAAGAGUCUUACAAUCCAAAAUUCAACACGGGGAAAGACAACAAAGGGUGGGAAGGGAAGUUCAGGCAGGAUCGCAUCACUAACACAGCCCAGCCUUCCUUCAACCCAGCGGCCUCCUGAUGUUUUGGACUUCGACUUCCACCAGUCCCAGCUGGCAUUCAGACCAUCUGGAGGGCGCCAGUUGGAGAAGGCUGACUUAAUCCAAAACAUGUUGGGUUUUUGGGUUUCAGUUAACAACUAUAGCUACCUAUUUCUAUGGCAACGUGCUAAAUAAUACAAAUGCUGUUUGUCCGUGCAACAACCCAGUGUCUGUGUGUUUAGAGUGGUUUCCAGUGAAACUGUAGCUCACGCUUAUUUCCAGCCAUAGUUAGAACUUCCAUUUUACAGACUGAGAAACUGAGCCUGUGAGAUAAUAAGGUGCCUGAGGCCAGUGGCAGAUUUUGAGCUUUCAAAUCUCAGCUACGCCCUGUGAGACACCCAAAUUCUGCCCACACCCUGGCUCUCGCCUUCUGUUCCAAGUCAUUGUUGCAGCACCCCCUGAGGCGCCCUUUCGGCUCAGCACCCAGUGUGGGCAAACCAGUCGUGCUCCCCUAAAUCUGCCCCUGCUGAGGGCUUCCAAAUAGGAAGUAAGCACAGGUCUUUGCAAGUUUGUACUGGCCUGGCACAUUUUGGUGCCGGAGGUGAGGAAUUUCUAUGAAUUACCAUGGGGUGUAAUCCACAAGAGUGUUCUCCCUGCAAGCCCCAUUGAAAUGAAUGGAAGCUGCAGAAUACAUUGAAAGAGACCAUGCCUUCUUAUCAAUAAUUUUUUUGUUUUAUCUUUUUUGUAAACCACUUUGAGGGUUUUUUUUGACAAGCUUUUAUGAAAUCAAUAUAUGGUAAAUUGCACUACAUAAUCGGAGUCACAUUAAGAAUACACCAUGCAUGCUGUUUUAGUGUUUAUCUAACAAGUCCCCCAUAUUUUGAUCACACAAUUUGUUGUGUUUCAUUUUAUUUAGUGAUGAACCAGGAAUGAACAGCUGGAAUAAAAAUAGAUCUCAGAUAAGGUAGAUCUUUGAUAUGAGAUAAAUGAUGGGACACCUGUUGAUUUUCAUGGAACAAGUAACAGAAAAUGCAUCGUUCAGGGGCUUAUAAACACUUUUUAAAAGUUUCUAUAUGAUCCUACAAUUGGUGGUACCAGCACAAGAUGCCCCUAAGAGUGUUGCCACUUUGAAGUCUAAGAACAGAACUUUUAAGUCCAGAAUGCAUUCCGCUCUACCCAAACUCUUGAUUGGAACAUUGUGGAAUGCAGAUUCCCUCGAUCUAUUCAAGAAACCAGCCCCCUGCCAACUGGAACCUGGGCUACUCCCCCAACUGGAAACUAAAUUCAAACUGGGCUUGAGAAUUAAUCUCUAUCCCUAUAAAAGCAAACACAAAAUGGAUGCUUGCAUAAUUUUAAUUAUUUUCAAAGUCCAGGUGCUGGCUCUCAGCUUAGGCCCAUAUUGUCCUGAGCAUCCUAGCAGACCCUCCAAGUGCCCCUAUUUCCCAGGGAUGUCCUAGAUCUACAGACGCCGUCUCGGUUUCUGAUUUGAUCCCAGAAUGUCCUGCUUUUCCUUGAGACGUCCCUAUUUUCAUUGCAGAAAUAUUCGAGGGUAUGGAGUUAUCUGACCCCUGAGGCAUCUGAGCAGCCCUGAAUAGUGAAGUUUUUACAUGAUGUUUCUAUAUACGUUAAAGCUGUGCUUUAUAUAUGUUAUAUAUAUAUAUGUUACAAACCGCCCAGAAUGGCAACCCAGUCAGAUGGGUGGAGUAUAAAUAGUAGAAUUAUCAUUAUGGAAUGGGACGCCCCUAUUUUCAUCAGAGAAAUGUCAGAGGGUAUGUCCUAGGAGCAACUGGGGUUUUUUCUACAUUAUUCCAGCUGGUUUCCAGAACAAAUGACCUGCAAUGACACACAACAUCAAACAGACACCAGAAGACAACAAACUGCACAGACAAAGGUCAAAGGUUAGGAAAGCGGGGGGGGGGGGGGCUUUGUUAGCACAGCUAGUGGACAUUUAUUUGCCUAUGCAGGGAGGGAACAUCACAAUGUCCAUGACUGAUACACUACAGGGCUAAAGGAGGGUAAACUGAGAGCUGAAAGCAAGGGGUGGCAAGAGCCAGGAUGGAGGUGGCUGAUGCUUGGCCCAGAUAGCGAGAGAACCCUGGAAUGCAGAAGUAAUCAUAGUCUGGCAUGGCUUUGCUGCCCAUGAUUUGCAGCCUGCCAGCCCCUGUGAUCCUCUGCUGUGGGGUAGCCAGCAAUCUAGACAGCAGCUGCCUGGAGCAGGAGAAACCUGGGGGGUCUCCUUCCCCACCCAAUCUGAGACCUGCAGCAUGCAAAUUGUGUCACAGAUGGCAACCACCACCACCUCUGGAGGGAACACAAUUCCUCUUCCCUUUGCAUACAACAAAUGCUGGGAGGUCCUCUUCUCCUAUCUGAACAUGUCUGAGAAUCAGAAUUUUCAGCACAGGCCCUUCUCCAGCUCCUUCCCAUGAUGGCUGCUUCUUGGGGGUCCUAUGCCAUGGACUGGCUGGAUGCAGAGGAAUGGUGGGGAACCCUCAAGGGAACCCCCAGGGGAACCCCAAGGCUCAGAGCCAGGGGAUUGGUGGUGGGACAACGAUGAGUGGUCAGAGGGAGAAGACUGGGAGGAGGAGGUGUCAGAAGCUGAAGAUGUAACAGGGUUCAAUGAGCAAGAAGAGGCUGGGGCAGAGAGCAGUUCUGACUCAAAAGCAGAAGCAGAGGCUGGAGAGGAAGGGGGCCAAGAGUAGGUCAGGCAGGCUGCUGAAGAAGCCAGGAAGUCUUCCCCUCCUGCUGUGACCAGCUCCCCUCCCACCUUGUCUCCCAGAACACAAAAAGGAAUGAAGAGGGUGGAGCAAAGAAAGACGAUAUGGAGGAGCUUCAGGUUGCUGGGGAAGGACCUGGGAGAGAGUCUUAGAGAGCGGUGGGGAGUCGGGGACCUUCAGUCCUCACAACUGCCUUCUUGGGGCAAGACCUACUAGGAAGAGUUGCUGUGAUCACUAGGCCUGCACUGUUUUUGUUUUCUUUGAAUAGAGUUAACUGACACUGGGUGUUUUACUACUGACCUGCUCCUGAUUCCAGCUCCUGACAUUGUAUAAAGGGAGGUCUGACUGGUGGUGCUUCUUAUUGCACUGCAAUCUGGCGAGUUGGUAUUCUGCUUGACUUCCUUUGAUUCCUCAAAUUAUUGCAACUCAUUUUGGGAACUUUAUUUGAAAUGGAAAAGCAAGCUGCAGGUAUUUGAAAUGAAUCAGAUGCUCAAGGCGCGGGUGGGAGAGAAAACGAGUGUUUGCCAAGGCAGAAAUACAGGAUCCAGCCAAGGGGAAGGACAUCCCUCGGAUCUGGUUGGCUGGACCCAGAGGCAGCACCAAGCAAGGAACAGCACCCUUUGCUCUCCCUUUUCUGUUCAAACUCCCCAGUCCUGGUCAGAGCAGGUCGCUCUUGCCCAAGCGCCUGCCUUUCUUUUGUCUCUGGCGUGCCAGCAACAGGCAGCUCCACUAUGGCCCAGUUUCAGUCCCUGAGGGGUCCAGCGAAGAUGAAGCCAGGAAUUGUAGAUGCAGAACAGUGGCGACUCGCAUUGCAGAUGUGUUGGCUGAGGGCUGCUGAAAAGGGGGGCUGCCACUUUCCGGCACUUGGAGAGGCUGGAGAUAAGGCUGGAGAAGAGGCGAGGGUGGCACGUUUUCCAGGGAAGCACAUCCAGACUAAAAUAACCACCCUGACAGUCCCCUGGAGGCCAGAAAAUGCAAUCUGUGUGAGCGCCUGUCUGGAGGUUAACUAGGAAGGACAGCCCUGGACAAUGACAUGAUCAAGCGCCCUCCUUAGUGUGAUUUAUUUUAUAAAGAAACAAAAAAAACCUGUGUGAUAGCUGGGAAAGAUCUCUUAGAGGCUAUCAAUGGGUGUGGCUCUAAAAUUGCUGGUACUUUCACCCCAUCGUAACAAGCUGUCCAGUGUUUCCAUUUUACCCAGCAGAUGUAGAGCACAAUGGCUGAACGCAGACAAUCCUUUCAAUUCAGAGAGCUGAAAGUGGUCCAGCCUUCAGCAACCUGGCGCCCUCCUUCUGUUUCUGCCUCUCAGUCCCAUCCGGGGCUGAUGGGAGUUGUAGUCCAAAACAUCUGGAGGGCACCAAGUUGGUGAAGGCUCCUGCUGUGGAUGUUUACUUUUCCCAUUUCGUACUCUCAGCUGAGGGACGUUCUCUACUUCCCAGAGUGUUGAGAAGUUCCUGCAAUGUCUGAGUUUGGCUUCCUUUGGAUGCAAUUUAGAGCACUGCAAAUGGCAUGGGGCACUUUUGAAAUACUCACUUUAAUUACAAAUUUGCAGGCAAAGCGUAAGUGGAGGCCACAGGAGGCACGCCUGAAAAGCAGCAGAUCUGUGAACCCAGAUCAGAUCCUCAGCCAGACCACAGCCUACUCUCCCUCUCUUCUUUCCUUCUCUCUCCCUCAGACAACCCAAACUGCUGUUUUCCUCUUCACACCCACCCUCUUCUUAGCAGGGGAGGCCAGCUGUUGCCUACUCCAGUAUCCUGUGACUCAUUACUAUAAGGCCACCUCUGAAUUUUUGGGUGCCAGUAGAAUAAUGGAAUCAUAGAACUGGAGAGUUGGAAGGGAUCCCAAGGGUGAUUCUAGUCCAACCGCCUGCUAAGCAAGAAUCUUUUGCCCAACAUGGGGCUCGAACCCAUGACCUUGAGUCUCGUGCUCUACCAACUGAGCUAUCCUUUCAACAUACCAGAGAGCUUGGGCUGGGUUGGUUUCCCAGCUGCUCUUGCCAAGUGCUUUUGUUGUUUGGUGAGAUGGGGUGGUCAAAGAAACCAUGGCUAAGGAACUAAGGGUGCCGGAUCCAUGCACAACACCAGGCCACAGUUGAAAGAUGCUUGGAGGCAGCAUGCUUCUGAAUACCAGUUGCCAGAGGCUGCAGGAGGGGAGAGUGGUCUUGUGUUCAGGUCCUGCUUGCGGGUCUCCCACAGGCAUCUGGGAAGCCACUGUGAGAACAGGAUACUGCACUAGAUGAUCCGAUGUCCUGAUCCAGCAGGCUCUUCUUGUGUUCUUUAGUAAAAACCAAAAUCUGUAAGCCAAGAGCAAAUCAUGGCUUUAGAUCACAGUUUGUUACCAGUAAACAAACAAUAGUUCAGCUGCUAAGCAGGGUUCAAACAAAUGAACAAUUAAGAAACCGUAGUUUAAUCAACCCUGAUUUGGCACCUGGCCUCUUUCCCUCCCAGCCCAAUUUAUCUCACCUGAUUGUUGUGAUGGUAAACAGCAGGUAACCACUUCCACCUUUUUUCGGAGGAAGGAUGAGACUUUAAUCUGGGAUAUAAUGUCAAGACAAUGUAUAACAAAGCUUCUUUGCUGUUCUGAUUGUGGGACUCAUGGCCACCAUAGUGCACAGUGGUCAUUUUCCAACUCCUUGUAAUGCUUGCCUGUCUAUAAAAAAGGGUUUUAGCAUCCAGGCACAAACCAUCAGAACUCAUCCACAUGAGAAAAUACAGCCAGUUCCUUUUCUAUUUACUAUUUUAACACUUCUAUUCCUACUUAAUGUUUUUACAUGUAAAAGCUAUCUUUCUUUUUUACAAAAACACAGUCAUAAUGUUUUGAGUGUACAGGUUUCAUUUUCCAUGUGCAAUUAGAACCAGAUCUUUAUGAAUUUUAAAAGCUUUAAAAUGUAUAGAGUUUGGCUAUCGCCUUAUGGAACAUACAUUUUGUGAUUGAGCAAUAAUCUCACGUUCUGCCAUUUGAAUGGAAGCGGUCUUUGAAAAAGCAAUCUUGGUAUGGCUUACAUCCACAGUUUUUGAGUACUUAAAUGGCCAUCUUUAAUUCCAAGCUGCUUUUUUAAUAUAUAAAUUAAACUUGGGCCUGAAACCAAAUGAAGGGAAAUCCAUUUGAACCUGAAAGGGUAUUGAUUGUGUUCCUUGGAGACCUAUGGAAUAAUGGAUCUGGCCCAUUUUAUUACUGCAAGUUUGAUUACCUUCUAAUAUGCAGCAGAGAAACGAUAAAUAUAUAACUAAUUAUCAAGGAAGAGCCACUUAGUUGUCCAGCCAAUUCAGUACUUUACCAGAGAGUUAUGUGUCACCCGCACCAAGAGAAGUGGGUCAAAUCUCACCACGUAUCAGUCACUGUUAAUGUCCGCAUGGCCAGCUGCAGGCCCUGCUCCCCAGUCCCCUGGCAGUGUUGCAGAGGAUAUUUCUCAGAUUGCUCUCUUGCUAGGCUGCAGACGGAUGGCAGGUUUGAAAGAGCUGAAGGUGAAAAGAGAGCACAGUUGUUGCCUAUGGUGUGUACAUCGUCAUCCCACCAUCAUUUGGACAGUAUGUUCACUCAUUCAGGCAUUUCUGCACUGCUGAAUCAAUUGUGUCCUCUAUUAUUAGGCUAAGAGGCUGUGACUGGCCCAAGUUCACACCCAGUGAGUUUCAUGGCUAAGCAGGGAUUGAAGCCCCAUCUCCCAGGUCCUAGUCCAGCACUCUAACCACUGUGCCACACUGGCUCUCCCAUCAUUCCUGGCCAGGAGCAUCCUUGACCAAUGGCCAUGCCAGAAGGAGCUGAUGGGAGCUGGAGUCCAAGAACACCCAUAGAAUAGGGCUGCCAUAUUUUAAAAGGUGAAAAUCCAUAGAAUAGGCUUCCAUACAUCCAGAUUUUCCCGGACAUUAAAGCAAUUUCUGUCCAAACGCUCCUAGCAAGAGCAGAAUAUCGUCUAUGUCUGAGAAAUUCUAGAUGUAUAGCAAUCCUACCAUAAAAUGGAAGGGGCCAUAAGGGUCAUCUGGGCAACCCUUCUAUGGUGAGAUAUAUUGUAUCUCUUUUUCAUUUAUAUUGUUAUUUCAGAAUUUGCAUCUAUGCACAUGCAAAUGUAUGCAAAUCGUUGUCCUUUUCUUGCAAUGCUUACUUACUUCACCAAACCUUUAUUAGGCAUUACAAAUAUAGGCCAUCAUAAAACAUACAUAUAAUUUUUAAAAAAAUAUAUACAAAUGAACAGCCAUGUAAAAAUACAUAAUAACGAGGAUUCUCAUUUUUUUGCAAUGCACUGUACUAAGUGGCUUACAAGGCCAACUCUGUGAUUCUAUGAUCUCUGGUUAAAUAGGUUUUGAGUAUUUCUGUGGUUCUCCAAAAAACCUACCACACCUGUUAGACCAAAGUUGAUAAUGGGAUAAAAUGAAUGUACACCAUGGGCCUUUCUUGUCAUAAGACAAUUUAUCCAGGACUCUAAAUCAUCCUUAGCUUAUUCAUUAAUCCAGCCCCAAAUGCCUUUCUUAAGAAAGGAUGAGAAGGUGACUUUAUUUAUUAUCAGACAUUUCUGCCUCAGUUUCUAGUCAGCUUCUCUAACAUCAAACAUCCUCUGGCAAAGGCGGAUCCCAACUGUAGGGUAGCUGUCUCUCUAAUCCCCAUUUAACGAAGUGAGAAUGGAGGCCAAAGGAAUUACCAGCCUGGCGGAGGCCACCCAGGGAGGCCCUGUUCUUCCGAAGGCUGAGGGCCCAGACCUCUUAGAAAAACCCUAUUUAUACUGGAAAGUCAUAUUUAUGUAUCUUGGAAACACUAAUACAUACUUCCUGAAAGCAGCCGAAAGAAAAAGACACCGGUCUUUAAUCUCCCGCAUGAGUGGGCUGCCGAUGAAACACGGCUACUUCCUAGGGGAUAAGGGAGCUGCUCCCUCCUCCGAGGGAGAACUGUUUUCCUCCAUGUGAGGUUAGCCACCUUCCAGACAAAAACACGGAUCCGGUGUCUUGUGAGGCAAGGGCGUUUUGGCAGAGGCGGCCAUCCUCACAGGCUGCCAAGCUAAGCUUCCGCUUAAUAGCUACCAUCUUUCUUAUUUAUCGCUGGGCGGAAAAUCAAACGGCAAGGAUAAUGAGAACUGGGAAGUGAGGGCAAAAAGGUGCAGAUUUGCCUGCCAUAGCUCCUGCCAAGGAUAGAGGAGGCCCAGGAGAUCCCAGGCCCAGGCACCCCAGGAACAAGCCUGGCCCAGAAACCUUGGAGAGCCACAUGCGCCAAUCUGUUGUUUUGAACUGCAGUGUCUGCCUCCCGCAUUUUGGUCAGACUCAUGUUGGUUUCUUCAAGAACACUGUCCAACCAUUUCGUCCUCUGUCGUCCCCUUCUCCUUGGGCCCUCCAUCUUUCCCAACAUCAGGGUCUUUUCCAGGGAGUCUUCUCUUCUCAUGAGGUGGCCAAAGUCUUGGAGCCUCAGCUUCAGGAUCUGUCCUUCCAGUGAGCACUCAGGGCUGAUUUCCUUCAGAAUGGAGAGGUUUGAACUUCUUGCAGUCCAUGGGACUCUCAAGAGUCUCCUCCAGCACCAUAUGGUUAUAGCCUCCUCUAGAGGCUACUCUAGAGUAAAUGACUCCUCUAGAGGCUACUCUAGGCGACUGCAGGCGACAAAGAAGGAAAUUGCCUUUUUUCCCUUUAGUGAAGAGGGAAAGUAAGUGUUAUACAAGCACAAUCCAAACCACCUGAGAAGAGAUUAUCUGCAUAUCGGGUUGCCUCUUGUGUAAUGUCACAUAAUACAAGGAAAUGGAGCUGGGGGGAAUUGUGUGGGGCAUAACUGCCAGGCCAGCAUCUGACAAAGUCAGCAAAGAGGGGCUGGUUUACUCAGAUUAUGCCAAUUUCACUGUGCCUGAGUGGGACUAUCCAUGUUGGCACUGCAUCUCCUCACCUCUCGCCACCUGCAAUUUCUCUUGCACAACCAUCAGUGCAAUGAAUGGGAGCUCUCUUGCAAUGUCACAAAGGAUUCUGAGGUGCAGCAGCAGAAAAGGUUUCUGGAAGUGUGGAUCUCAGGCCAUAUGCCGUGUCAGUAGCACCCCUGAAAACAGGGCUGCCUCAAACUAUAGCAAGGAAUUGCUUGGGCAUGUAGGGUGGUUUUGUGUCCACGGCAACAACUAUGGAUUCUCUUCAGUUUCUCAUUUCCCCAAACUUAAAAUUCAAUUGAUUACAUUUCCGUGUGUGUGUGUGUUUGCAAAAAAUCCCAUGAAAAAUUGUCAGUGUUUUAGUGGGCAUUACUCUCAAUAAACUCAUCUUGUGUGCAUUUUUUAAAAAUACAUUUUAUGUCAUUUUCACCAAUAUAUGCAUUUUAUACAGUUUUGUAUGCAUUCAUUUUUGUCAGAUAUCUAAGCUGCAAAAUUCAGAGAAGUGUAAAUUUCAAAGGGUAUCUGUGUUGUGAUUUGUGUAUUGUUUGGGGAAGUGUAAAUUUGGUAGCUGAAACAAACUAAAACCCUCGUUGCCAUCCCUAAUAGCAGCCCCAUUCCCACCCCUCUGGACUCAACAUUUGCCACAAAGAAAAGCUCUGCUGUUGUUUUUACGGAGGGAAAAAAGUCUGAAUCACUGCUUGUAAUUAGGGAAGGAAAUGUCAAAUUCACCCUUGUUUUCACAACAUUUAAGGAAGUGAAAUGCAGCCCAGUUUUACAGAGAGUUCCAUGCUUUGGGGCUGCUCUGAACUGGGCAGAAGUUUGAACGUGAGAAGGGACAUUUUUAUAGUGGAGUCCAUUAAUAAUACCCUGAAUGUGGGUCGUGAGGAGACCCCAAAGAGGAAUGGGUUCCACUGACAUCUAAUAAAACAGACUAAAUUCUCAUGAAAUGUUUAGUGUCAGGGUGGGGCUGGGGGAAGAUAAAUUAUCAGAGAAACCAAAUGGUUUAUAGAGGAUCUCUCAUUUUAAACUGUAUUUUUCUCGGUUGACCUUGGCAUCAGGAUUUCCUGGCCUCCACUUCCCCUUUCAUUUCCCAAGGAAGCUUUUAAGCUGGCUAAAAGGGUCAGGUUUCACUUUUAUUUGCUUCAUAUAGCUUUUUCUAAGGCUUGACAAUAGAUUAAACAAUUCGAGGUAGAUUAAAAUGCAGUCUUUUGAUCAAUUAAUUGACUACAGCUGAAAUAUAUUUGCAUACCACCAAAACCUAAAUAUAGGUGACUUUUUGAGAUGCCGGAACCAAAAUCUCCCCCCAAAAACCCUGUGUCCUCCUUCCCCUGCAGACUCACCAAUUAAAAUAUGCCACUUAAUCAAAUAAUGCUUAAGUUAAAGUUUGCAUUUGCAAAUAAUGAGUAGCCCUUUCCAAAAAUUCUCCACCCUGUCAAGAGGAACAAGGUAUUCACAAAUACAGCAGGGGCCCCACAGUGGGCAAAUUGCUUCAAAGAACUGACUUCAUUUUUUUGUUUUAAUGACAAAGGAUGUAUGUGAUAUGCACAACAUGCCUUUGAUGGGAAAAGAGGUUUUAAAAAAAGAUCCAUGCAGAAGUACACUUGCAGGUGAUGUGCCCAUUUUUUAGCAUCUUGGCAAGAGGAUGAAAUUCUGGCUGCCUGGCCUUCCAAAAGCAGUGCUGCAGAUUGUAACCAGCAUGCUUUUCUCUCCCUCUGGCUGGGUCUACACUGACCUACCGUAUUUUUCACUCCAUAGGACGCACUUUUUUCUUCCUAAAAAGUAAGGGGAAAUGUCUGUGCAUCUUAUGGAGCGAAUGCGUGGUCCCUGGAGCCUCAGGAUUUUUGCAUUGGGUCACCCCAAAUUUACCAUCAGAUCACAUAGCAUGUCCAUGGCUACAGCCUGCACCCAAAAAACCACACACCCACUGUUUUGUGGGGCUGCAAUGGCGCAAAAACGUGGUUACAAGGCGUGGAUCCACAUGGAUUCUCAGGAUUUUUGCAUUGGGCUACCCCAAACUCACUGUCAAAUCACAUGUCUGUGGCCACAGCAUGAACCACAAAAAUCAUACAUCCACUGUUUUGUUCAGACUAUAUUUUUUCUUGUUUUACUCCUCAAAAAACUAGGUGCGUCUUAUGGUCACUUGCGUCUUAUGGAGCGAAAAAUACGGUAUUUCAUGCUAUUAGAACAGUAUUAGAUAUAUCCUUAUAAAACUUCACAGGGCCUACUUGUAAAAUAAAAGCAUUUCUUACCUGUUUUAAUCGUCAAAACACACUUUGCCUACUGCUGGUUCCUGAUUACUCUGCAGCACCCUCUAGUGUCACAUUUUAAUAAUGCUUUAUGACCAUUCAAAGUAGAACGUAAUGUGUUCAACUACAUUAUGAAAACCAUUCCUUAACCCUUCCUUAACAUUAUAAACCAUGAGCGUACACCCACCCUCUCUCUCUUUCUCGCUCUCUCCCAAACUUCAGGCCCUGGGAUGUGGCGCGGUUGCGCAGUCUGUCCUUAGCAGAGGUGAAUUGGGUGGAGCACCAAUGAUAUCCCUUGGCUUUGCCAUGGCUGUCACUAUCGCCAUCUAUAUCGCCGGAGGUGUUUCUGGUAAGCUGACAUUUUCACCGUGUUGCUAAAGAAGUUGGAGGAGAGCUGGUGGGAUGGAGUGGUGGCUAAGAAACCAGACUACAGAUCAGGAGGUUCACAGCUUUCAUCUUAUCUCUGCCUUAAGAAAACUCAGUGGCCUUAGCCAAAGCCCCCUUUCUCCGCUCAGCCCCCCCCCUUUUGUAAUAAAGAGGGUGGGAUAAUGAUCCUGAUUUACCUUACAGGGUUGUUGUGAGGUCUAUUUCAGAGCUUCUGUAAGUAACAGUGAAUGAAGCACUUUGAACACUUGAAAAUGUUAUACAGUACAAAUCUUAUGGCUAUUUUCAUAGUGUCUACAACAGUGAAAAUAUUUAGUAAGGCUGCACUGUGUAAUCAGUAAACUGGCUACAUCAAUCCAUUGAAAAUGAGUGGAUUGAUUUAAAUUAAAGACAGCAGGCAAGUGUUGCCCCUUGGGAACAAACAAAACAAACAAAAAACACCCCUGUUGCGUAAGAAAUAAAUGCAGGAAUAAUACCAAGAAAGGCAUCCACAUUAUAAUGGGUGACUCACUGGAAAAUAAUCUGCAAUAUGAUGCUGUGGGGUUGGAUGUGGAAACCAUCCAGGAGGAAUUCACAAAAAGAAUCCAUAGGUGGGGGAGGGAGGAAGAAGUGCUUUUGUUGGUCCUGGUUGAACCUAUAGUUGGAGUUAUCAAAGGAGAAGUAACUCAGAAGAGAGCUGGUGGUAAACUGUGUUGCAAGGAAAGAAAGAAAGAAAGAAAGAAAGAAAGAAAGAAAGAAAGAAAGAAAGAAAGAAAGAAAGAGUUGUGGAUUUAAAAGGUCAUACAAAAUGUUCAGAAACAGCCAAGAUUUGUAAGAAAUUGUAUUUGCAAAAUUCGGGGGGAGGGAGAGAGGGCUUCUGUUUUGAUGGCAUUUUUAAUGGCUUUUGUACUAAAUAUUUGCAACUUAGAUGUUGCCUUUCCAAAUCCAUGCAUCACCAUUUUUUUCAUGCACAUAUGCACAGAUUGUAUGGUGAUCUCCAUUUUCCCCUACUCCUAAUUAAAUGUUGACACCCCCACACACCAACAAGAGUAUUUGGUGCAAAGCUGCAACACUUCAGUUGAUUAGUCAACUUAUCACACACUGAUGCAGAUUUUUAAAACACUGUUUUAAUGCAAGUAUUUAUAAUAACUGCACACAGCAAAUACCAAUAUUGGAAGAGUCAUUUUCUCCUGGGUGCCUCUUCUAAGAUAAUGAUUGGGACAACAAAUUUGCACACCAUUUAACAACAAAGAAAGCGUCACAGAAGUCUUAUCAACAGUUUGUGAAGAAGAAGAGCCACUGUGUAAGCCAUAAUUUCUAACAUGCCACAAAUGAAAACAGCUACCUAAUGACACCUGCUUGUCAAAGUGUCAUUUUUCAAAAUAUUUGCCUCAUCUGUUUUCUUGCCGCUUUGCAAAGGUCACAUGCAGAUAAUGGGCCAGGGUGAGGUUCAUGGACUCACUAGACUGGGAGUGAGCGUGUGGCAUGAGCAAUUUUUUAUUCUGAAAGUGUGGCCCAGAGAAAAAAGUUUGAGAACCACUGUUCUAACUCUACAAUUCUAUGUUUCGAUGCUCAUGUUUGAUGUCCACAUUCAGCAAGGGCUAUUUUGCAUGUUAGGUAAAGGUAAAGGGACCCCUGACCAUUAGGUCCAAUCGUGGCCAACUCUGGGGUUGCGGUGCUCAUCUCGCUUUAUUGGCCAAGGGAGCCGGCAUACAGCUUCCGGGUCAUGUGGCCAGCAUGACUAAGCCGCUUCUGGCGAACCAGAGCAGUGCACGGAAACGCCGUUUACCUUCCCGCCGGAGCGGUACCUAUUGAUCUACUUGCACUUUGAGGUGCUUUCGAACUGCUGGGUUGGCAGGAGCAGGGACUGAGUAACGGGAGCUCACCCUGUCGCGGGGAUUCGAACUGCCGACCUUCUGAUUGGCAAGUCCUAGGCUCUGUGGUUUAACCCACAGGAGCACACUGCAAAAGGAGGAGAGGACAGCAAUCCUCAUCCUCUUCCCAUGUAGGGCUCCAAGGCCCAGAGAGAGUGGACAGCCUUAUACUGAGUCAGGACACUGGUCCACCCAUCUCUCCCACAGUUGCCUAAGCUGACUAGCCAUGGUUCUUCCAGCCACUCUCCCAAGUGGAAAUCGUUCCUAGCCGCAGGAGCUUCUUUUUACAAAAUGAGGGCCUCUGCCCCUGAGCUACAGCCCUUCCCCUUCUCCAUUCUGCAAAUGGUUUGACACUAUCAGGAUGUUUCAGACUGACUGAGCUAGGGGUGGAGAACAGCAAACUCAGGAGAUCAAGACAGCCCUGGAAGUCUUUCUCUGAGCUUCCAGGCCAAGUGCCUCAUCUGUUCUCUUCUCUGCCCCCCUCAACUGCUUUUGCCUGGUUGGAAUGCCUCCUUGGAAUUACCGUAUUUUUUGCUCUAUAAGACGCACCAGACCACAAGACGCACCUAGUUUUUGGAGGAGGAAAACAAGAAAAAAAAAUAUUCUGAAUCUCAGAAGCCAGAACAACAAGAGGGAUCGCUGCGCAGUGAAAGCAGCAAUUCCUCUUGCUGUUCUGGCUUCUGGGAUAGCUGCGCAGCCUGCAUUCGCUCCAUAAGAUGCACACACAUUUCCCCUUACUUUUUAGGAGGGAAAAAGUGAGUCUUAUAGAGCAAAAAAUACAGUAAUGGCCAGCACCUCAUGCUUGCCUGGGUGCAGGAUGGAGAGAAUGCGAACAGGUCCAGCAUGGACGCCUCUGCCUUGUGUGUGGUUGGAAUGCAGCCUACUGUAUAAAGUCAGCUUCCCCUUGGCCCUGCUCUUCUUUGCCUGUGGCCCUGCCCACCAUUGGCACGUGGCCCCUCCCUCAUUUCACUCACAUACCAGUCAAUCAUUUCACAUCAGUGCUGCUCAAUGGCUGAAUCCAUAGCAGGAGACACAAUCAUUCUUUUGACAGGAACGGUCAGUGAUGGACAAGGCCUCAUGACAAAGUAAAUGAAUUCCUUACUCCAAACCUUACCAUGCGCUGCCCAUAUUUGCAAUUGCUGAAAGAGAAGAAAAUUGUUCAUUCAGAUUAAAAGAAAACCAAAAGGCAAGGAAAUUUGAAAAGCCACCUCUUCGGCACAUAGAACCAGCAGACAUCAAUCCUUAGAUGAAGAAUGUGAAAGAAGAAAUAAUCCAAAGUUCAGAAUUAACUCCCCCGUGGCUCGUCGCGGGUCACACCAUUUUGGAGACAUUACAAUGCUGGCCUUUAUCCAACUCUUGUUAUCUGUGUUUGCUGCUCAUGAUACAUCAGAGGUGCUCUCGGGUGCCUGAGAUAACACCCUGACCCCCCAGUGCAAGCAAACAGAGGAAUCACGUAGAGGGGGCCCCUUCUUCCCAGCUCCCCUUUGACAGGCAAAGGUCACUGUUAUCAGAAACAUUUCAUUAAAGUCAGGGGCCGUAUACCACCUCAGUUAUGGUUGCUUUGCGUGUAUCUAUUUAUCUGAGGCAUUUCUAGGCUGCUCUUCAUAAAAUCCAAUCCUGGAGCAGGAUAUCAUGUAAAAAAUAUAACGCCCAGUGCUUUUUUUCUGGGGGUCCUCAAGGGGACACAGUCCCAGCACCUUCGGCCCCCCCCCCCCAUGUUAAAAAUGUGGCACUUACUGUAACAACUUCGUGGUGAGUACUGGCACCAUUUUUUCUAGGUAAAAAAAAGCACUGAUAAUGCCUAGAAUGUAAUAAAAUCAAAUUAUAAAUAAAACAUAACAGAACCUUAAAAGAGCAGUAGCACCAGCAAACCAACAAGUUCAACAGAUUUUUAUCUGGGGCAAUCAGAGUAAGAUCCACUAUUUGACUAUUGAUUCAAAACCCUAAAAUGUAUUUUAUAUAAUUGACUUUUUAUUUCUAUUCUUUGUAUAUCGUAUUGUUGUUUUAUUGCUAUGGCCGAUGGCAAUGAAGCAAAUAAAGAUUCAUUCAUUCAUUAAGUUCAACAAGGGCGCAGCCCUCCUCCAGCAGUGCCAAUUUAGACAAAGGCAGGUGGGAAGAUAAAUUUGCUUUUAACUUGUGCUGACAAGCCAUGCAGAGUUGGCGCCAGUCGAACCUGAGACUAAGGGGGAAGGGCCUUCUGCAAUCCGGGUGCCAGCAUGGCCUCCAAGCAAGAGCUCAGCAGAUGUGGCACAGUUAUAUGGGUGUUCCCCAUGCCCAAAGCCAUCACCAUGUCUGGGCAGGUGCUCAGGUCAACCCAUCAAAUGCCUCGGUUCCAAGCUGUCUGUGGCUUUCUGUGUCAGAACGAUCACCAAGGACUGGGCUUGGAAUGGAACCAGGAGAAGGAUCACCCACGUGGCCACCCAAAAUGAAGCUGGUACUAUGAUUUGUUGUUGUUUAGUCGUUUAGUCGUGUCCAACUCUUCGUGACCUCAUGGACCAGAAGACUCCUGUCUUCCACUGCCUCCCGCAGUUGGUAGCUUCGACAACACUGUCCCACCAUCUUGUCCUCUGUCGUCCCCUUCUCCUUGUGCCCUCCCUCUUUCCCAACAUCAGGGUCUUGUCCAGGGAGUCUUCUCUUCUCAUGAGGUGGCCAAAGUAUUGGUACUAUACUAUUUCACCAAACCUCUAGUUGUAGUAGUGGUGUAGUGAUUAGAGUGUCAGGAUAGGACAUGAAACCACUGGGUGACCUUUGGCCCGUCACUCUCCCUCUCAGCCUGACCUACCUCACAGGGUUGCUGUGAGGAUGAAACAAAGAUAGGGAGAACCAUGUAUGCCACCUUGAGCUUCUUGGGGGAAAAGGUGGGCUAUAAAUGCCAUGAUUAAGUAAGAAAUAAAUCUACUGAAGGGAAAUAUCUGAUUCAUAAAAACUUGCAUAUAAGAAUUAUUCCCAACCCUUGUUCUUCUCCCUACCUUCCUUCUUUCAGGUGGUCACAUAAACCCAGCCGUUACCUUUGCCAUGUGCCUGUCGGGGAAGAUAAGAUGGAUUAAAUUCCCUGUUUACGUCAUAGCACAGUUUCUUGGCGCAUUUGUUGGAGCAGCUGCUGUCUAUUGGAUCAACUACGGUGAGUGGAAGAGACCAGUCUCCUCCUCCUCAGGAAACUUCCCAACAAAGACCAAAGUUACGCUUAGGUUGAAACCUUUUGGCAAACACUCAAAAGUUGAAAUUUCUUGUAGGAAUCUCAUGUCAUUUCAAGGUAGCUUCUGACCCCUCCUGUCCAAAAAAAAGAAGAAGUUCCUGCCAGUUUGGAUGUGUUUUGAGGUGCCCAAACUGAAAUGACAGGCUAGUGGACAAUGCAAAAUAGUGUUGUGAGUUUGUGGGGUCAGUCUGUAUUAUGACUGAGUCCCUUCUAAUUCCUGAGGUCCUCGUAGAUCUAGCAAGGGUUAAAAUUUAAAGGAGAAUUCCAUUGUUGAACUAGUCAGGCAAGUUUCUUUGUGAGUUAAUAACCCUAGUGGUCUGUAAAGGUAAAGGGACCCCUGACCGUUAGGUCCAGUCGCAGAUGACUCUGGGGUUGUGGCACUCAUCUCGCUUUAUUGGCCGAGGGAGCCGGUGUUUGUCCACAGACAGCUUCUGGAUCAUGUGGCCAGCAUGACUAAGCCGCUUCUGGCAAACCAGAGCAGCGCACGGAAACGCCGGGGUACCUGCCGGAGUGGUACCUAUUUAUCUACUUGCACUUUGAUGUGCUUUCGAACUGCUAGGUUGGCAGGGACUGAGCAACGGGAGCUCACCCCGUCGCAGGGCUUCGAACCGCCAACCUUCUGAUUGGCAAGCCCAAGAGGUUCAGUGGUUUAGACCACAGCGCCACCAGCAUCUGUACUAGUGGGCAAAUGGGGGUCUUUGCCCAUCGUCACUUGGCUGGUGUGUGAGCUGAGAGCAGACUGCAGGCAGAAGCUGGGUGUCAGAGGCAUGCUUGACCUCUGCUGGAAUCAGAUUCUGUGACUAUGGGAGAAGCAAGACCUUUCAGGGUAUUAAUGCUGUGAAGUUGUAUAUAUGUGUGUUAAUAAGCCAUAUAUCUUAAAGACACCAGAGUCUCCACUGCCCCUCAUUCUUAGGAAACUGAACCCUGGGUAAGUUCCUGGAAACCUUGGAAUCUCACACCACUCAGAGAUUGAGGUGGCAUGCAACAAUACUUUUUUAGGGAUUUUGCCCAGAAAUAAGGUUUAGCUAUCAAAUAUGAAAGCUGGUAUCCAUCCACUUUGCAGGGAUAAUCAUUAGAGGUAACCCUGUUGUGCCAUUAGAAAACAAACAGAAGUAACAGUAGCGGGUAUCAUUUAUUAAUUAAUAUUCUUCUUAUUAGAGAGCCAGUGUGGUGUAGUGGUUAAGAGCGGUAGUCUCCUAAUCUGGGGAACCGGGUUCGCGUCUCCGCUCCUCCACAUGCAGCUGCUGGGUGACCUUGGGCUAGUCACACUUCUCAGAAGUCUCUCAGCCCCACUCAUCUCACAGAGUGUUUGUUGUGGGGGAGGAAGGGAAAGGAGAAUGUUAGCCGCUUUGAGACUCCAUAAAGGGAGUGAAAGGCGGGAUAUCAAAUCCAAACUCUUCUUAUUAGGAUGCUAAUCAUGCUUCAUCAGACUUGAUGCUGAACUAAACAACACACACACACACACACACACACACACACACACACAAACACGUGUACAAAGUGGGGGGAGGUAAAGAAAAGCAUGUUUCUGAGAAAGAAGGGAGGGAAAGGCCAAGCCCUCCAAGUGUCCCUAUUUUCCAGGGACGUCCUGGAUUUAGAGAAGCCGUCCCAGUUUCUGAUUUGAUCCUGGAAUGUCCCACUUUUCCUUAGGAUGUCCCUAUUUUCACUGGAGAAAUGUUUGAGGAUAUGGCAUUAUCCUGCCCCCAACCUGUCUGAAGGCAAUCCUGUACAGUGGUACUUCGGGUUAGAACUUAAUUCGUUCCGGAGGUCCAUUCUUAACCUGAAACUGUUCUUAACCUGAAGCACCACUUUAGCUAAUGGGGCCUCCUGCUGCCGCCGCGCGAUUUCUGUUCUCAUCCUGAAGCAAAGUUCUUAACCCAAGGUACUAUUUCUGGGUUAGCAGAGUCUGUAACCUGAAGCGUAUGUAACCUGAAGUGUAUGUAACCCAAGGUACCACUGUAUAGGGAAGGGUUUUUUAAUGUUAAUGUAUUAUGUUUUUAUAUAUGUUGGAAGCUGUCCAGAGUAGCUGGGGCACCCCAGUAAGAUGUGCGGGGUAUAAAUAGUAAAAUUAUCAUUAUGGAAUGAGAUGUCCCUAUUUUCAUCGGAGAAAUGUUGGAGGGUAUGAGAGGGCGGUCCAAGUUUGCAGACUGGGGUUUGUUUCCACUGAAGCCAUUUUCUGCAGAAUUAACUUCACUCGUUGUUCACUCUCAUUUGUUUUAUUCCCAGAAAAUCUAUAAAAGGUUUCUGCCAUAGUGUGUGAGUUCUUCCUGCCUUUCUUCAGAUGUGACAGAUUAAUUACUUAAUUAGUUAGUUAAUUUUUGCCUCCACUUGUCCCAUGUGGACUAGCAACAAACUCCUCUUUUCAGAGGAUCUGUCUCUUUCAUUAGAAGGCUCCUCCUUGCCCCUUUCUUUUAAAGAGACUUUUGCCCCUGCUUGUCUCCUGUCCUCUGCCAUGGCCAACAUUCCUGGGUUGACCCUUGGUUAGUCAGCCCCUGUUCCCUGCUGUGGAUGGCGGAAGGCUUUAAUUCUAGGUCUCCUCCUUUCAGUCAUAAAAAAAUAAUUCUGAUCAUUAUUUAUAAUAAACAAAAACAUUAAAAAUGCUCAGCAAUUGCUCUGGCUGCAAAGAGGAAAUGAGUAAUUAAAUCUCCCCUCUCCCGCAAGGCGAGAACAGUGGUUAGUUCAGGAAUGUGCCCCACCUGAAGAGUUUUAAUGGGGGGGGAGUGUGUGUGUGUGUGUGUGUGUGUGUGUGUGUGUGUGUGUGUGUGUACCAAGCAGACUUUUCAAUUUCACUUCACGCUAGUUGCAAGAAAGCAAUGCCUCAAGAGCACAAAAGGACCUGCAGUACCCUUCUAUGAGGUGCUCUGAAAUAUGCUGUUUAAAUGCUUAAUAUUUAUUAACCAUCAUUUCCCCUUAGAUUUAUUGAUGUUCUACACUGGGGGAAAGUUGACCGUCACAGGAGUAAAUAAAACGGCACAUAUUUUUGCGACCUACCCAGAGGAGUAUCUGUCCGUGGCAAAUGGAUUUUCAGAUCAGGUAAUUUCACCCAUUUAAACCUGUCUCCUGUGUGGCUCAGCCGGGCAUCUAGCAGGCAGGAUUGAGGGAGCUGGAGUGACUGAGCUGAGGGUUCCGCUAUUAAGUGCUUUCGUGUGUUUAUUUAACAAAACUGAUAUACCACUUGAUUGUAAAACAAGAAGUCUACAUAAAAUUAAAAUAAAAUAUUAAGAUUCUCUGAGUGGGGGGAAACACAGUUAAAAUCAAGUAUAGUAAAGGUAAAGUGACCGACUCUGGGGUUGUGGCUCAUCUCGCUUUAUUGGCUGAGGGAGCCAGCGUACAGCUUCCGGGUCAUGUGGGCAGCAUGACUAAGCCGCUUCUGGCGAACCAGAGCAGCGCACGGAAACGCCGUUUACCUUCCCGCCGGAGGGGUACCUAUUUAUCCACUUGCACUUUGAGGUGCUUUUGAACUGCUAGGUUGGCAGGAGCAGGGACCGAGCAAUGGGAGCUCACCCGUUGCGGGGAUUUGAACCGCCAACCUUCUGAUCAGCAGGUCCUAGGCUCUGUGGUUUAACCCACAGCGCCACCCGUGUCCCAUAAAAUCAAGUACAUAAAAGCAUUAAACAGACGAAUUGAAAUCUACAGUGGCUAAAGAGAGAUAAAACACAUGUAACUUCUACCUGACUGGAGAGACUUGCCUAAAUGAAAACAUUUUAUGCAGGCGCCAAAAAGAGUAAAGCAAAGCACCUGCCUGGUGUCAAUAGGCAGGGAGUUCCGAAGUGCAGGCUCUGCCACACUAAAUGAUGAACUAUGUCCGUGUGUGAAAUGGGGAUGAUGUGGCACCUCUAACAGUGCCAGUUCUGCAGGCUGAAGCAGUUGAGCGGGCAUAUAUGGGGUAAGGUGACUCCCUACUGCUAUUACACACCUGAGCCACUGGGAAGGCAUGGGGUGGAAACAGGACUUUAGGGCUGGAAUAACAUUUCCAUUGCCCAGGAACCAGCUGUGCCAAAUUCCAGGGCAAUUUUAUUUUUCCAGCCCUGCAAAAUGGAUUUGGAAGCUGGUCAGCACAAAGUGGAGCAAGAGAGCAAAAAUGUGAGAGUCUGCCCACAAAAGAGCUUUCAUUUGGGUGAACUCUGGUGUAAAACUGGGUAUGAGGAAGCUGGAAUCUUCACCACCUUUGGGGGCUCCAAGUCUCUGUAGGACCUCCCCACACCCCAAGUCUUGGGCCAGGGAUAUUCCAACCUUGUGUACUGGAAACUGGGCACAGGGGUAGUCCCGUAUCGAGGGCUCAUUGGGGGCCAGCUCUGCUCAUGCAACUUUUCUAUCACUAUUUGGGGGCAGGGAGGAGGGCUGAAGCCACUGGUGCUGUGCUGAAUUUUUCUUCUACAUUCUUGUCAAACAUUUCACAUCAAUUAAUAAGACGUUUUAUUCAAAAACUACAGUGUGUGGGCAUUUUGUUCUGCUUACCUUACUUUUGAGGUAGUUGAGGAUCCUCUCUUUAAUUCUGCAAACCAUCUCUCUGGUGGUCUGCAGCCUCCCCAGGUGCCUGCACUUCCUGAGGACCCCACAGUGUCCUCAGCUGGCCUUUCCUAUAUGCAUAGGCAGCUGGCGAGGCUGCCUACAGUGCCCCUGGCAGCUGCUAACUGUGGUGGCAUUUUAAAGGGAAGUCUUUUAAAAGUUUUGUGGGAGCGGCUGAGCACUCCCUCAAUAAUAAAAAUUACUUCUUCCUGGCAGGGCCAGCCCACCCAUGAGGCCAAGUAAGGCAACUGCCUCAGGCGGUAGGAUCCACUGAGACAAUGGAUCCAGAUGUAAAACUUCAUCCAGGGCUGGCCAAUCCGUGAAGCAACUGCUUCAGGUGGCAGGAUCCACAGGGGCAGCAGAUCCCAAUGUCAAUUCCCCCCCCCCAGCCCCUUGUUCCUGUUGUCGAUCUUCACUCACCCCUUCUUCCCUGGCCAGGGUGGGGGAGGCACCAUUUUCUGGUACCCAAAUUUCUUGGGCUGGUCCUACCUCCUGGGCUGAAUCCACCUGCUUUUCACUGACCAGGUGAUGUCGACAGCCAUCCUUCUCCUGGGUAUUUUUGCCGUUUUUGACCCGUGCAACCUUCCUGUGCCGAAGGGGCUGGAGCCCAUUGCCAUUGGCCUGGUCAUCAUACUGUUGACGUCUUCCAUGGCCAGGAACAGCGGCUGUGCCAUGAACCCUGCCAGAGACCUGUCCCCACGCCUCUUCACCUACUUUGCUGGAUGGGGGCCUGAAGUCUUCACGUAAGUCCGCUCGCCUUGGCAGAAGGAUAAACUGCAUUUGUGGAACCAUUUAAAAGCUAGGAUGGCUUUAAAAGAGGAUUAGACAAAUUAAUGGAGGAUGUGGCUAUCAAGGGCCAUGAUCCAUGAUGGCUUUGCUCAUAGGUGGGGUCUGUGGGGAGGGUGGAUGUUUCCCUCAUAUCUGGCCAGCAAGCUUCCCACGGUCAUCUGGUCAACCACUGUGACCACAGGAUACUGACCUGAUCCAGAUAGGUUGUCUUAUGUUCUUAUCAUUGUUUUCACGUGAAUUACCUUGCUGUAAUCCUUAGAGCAAUCCUGUAAAUCAUCAUUAUUACCCUCAGUCGGAGGCAGAGUGACUAGUUUAAAGUCACUUCAUGAGAUCCGUGUUCAUGGCAAGGGUGAGAUUCUGACUCAUAGCUCAGUCUCUUGGCCGCUACUCUGAAGUAGCUCCUCACCCUGCCAACAAAAGCAGAGAUGGGCAGAACCACCACUCUGCCCCAUAGAUAUCAACACAUGGAUAUCUAUCUAUAUCUAUCUAUCUGAAGCCGUCUUAUUCUGCCUGGCCUUUAAUUUGAAUUCCGCCUGAUCUUUUAUUUCCCUUCUCUUCCUUCCCCCUCCCCUUUUAUGAAGAUCACCCACUCUGAGACCCCACAGCUAAUUCUCCCCUGGCCUCCUCGCUGGCCCAAGUAGGACCAAUUCAGCCAGCUAGCCCUGGGGAUUAUCUAAUUGAUUUUUGAAUUUUAUUGUUAUUCAUGUUUUUAUACUGUAUUUUAUGCUGCUUUUAUAAUUUAGUGUUUUAGAAUUUGUUGUUAGCUGCCCUGAGCCUGGUUUUUGAACCGGGAAGGGCGGGGUAUAAAUAAAUUAUUAUUAUUAUUAUUAUUAUUAUUAUUAUUAUUAUUGCCCAGUUUUAAUGUCACAUUAAACCAUAAUGUAAAACAAACUAUGGUUUAAUGUGAAAGACCAGCAUGGUGGUGCACACUUCUCAAGAGAGUCCGUCUUGUCUUUUGAACUGGCUUCACUCCAAACAAACCCUGAGCAAUUUCCAAGGCUUGUUCUUGGCUUUGGAGUUCAGGUUACAGAAUAGCAGACUCCAGCUUGUUCUGUCUGUGGUGCAGCAGCAGCAGUUCAGUGGGGGUCCCUUCCCAGGAACUUCCAUGUUAAAACACAGUUGUAUGUUACUUGGCUGUCGUGUUUCCCUAACCUGCUACUUUUUACCUGAAGAGACUGAGACCUGAACCUGGGGCAGGGGUUUAGCGCUCUAAACACUAAGCCGAAGCUCUUUCACCUGGCUGUGGAAGCAGGAGCGGUUCUAAAAAGCUCACUGAAAUAAGAGGCACAUUCCCUGAGUGCCCUGGCUCAGAAAAGACAGAGGAAGGUGGAGGAAUUCAGAGUGAUGGACAAGAUGCCUCUGCCUUCGCUUCCAUCGUGUUGCAAGGCUGACCUCUAGUGGACACACACAAGCAGCUCUUUCUAAUCGGAGCAGAGGAAACAGUCAAUUGUUCUUGGGAGACUCUAAUAAGAAUAUGAGCUUCUUUCCAACAGUGCUCCUGGUGCUGUCGUUCCCGCAGCUUCCAGUGUGGCUGGCAUCAGUGCCAGAUUUAGGGAAGUGUGAGUGGUUCCCUCCCCCCCCCCCGGGGUGCUGAGCCAAGGGUGUGCAAAACAAUAAUAAGCAACUGUACCAAAAGGAAUUAUUGUGAAAAUAAGAACUAUUGGGGGGGGGUGUAGAUUUUGUCCUUGCUCAGGGCACCCUAUUACCCAAUUCCACCCCUGCUAGAAUCAUUGCACUGUGACUUCUGUUCCAUUUCAAAAUGAGGAUAAACUUCCAAUUCAAGAGGUUUUGUCUGCAGACUCUCAGGCCUGGUCCUGAAAAUGUAAGAAGUUGCAGUGCUUCAGCUGCAAGGUGCCACGUUAAAGGGGUUUCCACCCCUCCUGCUCUAAUCAGCAAUGGUAGCCUGCAAACAGAACAGGGUGCCCCUCAAAACAAGCUCUGCCUGUUGCCAAACCAGCCCCCACAUGGCUGCACCUGAAGAUUGACAGUAGCCGAGGUGGGUCCCUUGCAGAUCCAUUUACUGGCUCUGCUCCUUUGCCUUUAACAACCUAGCAAGGAGAAAUAAUAAUAAUAAUAAUAAUAAUAAUAAUAAUAAUAAUAAUAAUAUUUUAUUUAUAUCCCACCCUCCCCAGCUGAAGCCGGGCUCAGAGCGGCUAUCAACAAUAAAAGUAACACAGCAUUCUAAAAUCAAUUCAUUUUAAAAUCAAUUCAAAAUCAAAUUAAUGGCAACCAUUGGGCUAGAGUUCUGCGAGGAUUACAAAAGGAGGGGUUCAGACUGUGCCUUGGCCAAAGGCCUGGUGGAACAGCUCUGUCUUGCAGGCCCUGCGGAAACAUGUCAAGUCCCGCAGGGCCCUAGUCUCUUGUGACAGAGCGUUCCACCAGAUUGGGGCCACGGCCGAAAAAGCCCUGGCUCUGGUUGAGGCUAGCCUAACCUCCCUGUGGCCUGGGAUCUCCAAGAUGUUUUUGUUUGAAGACCGUAAGGUCCUCCAUGGGACAUACCAGGCGAGGCUCUACCAGAGGCAGCUUUUCCCACGGACAGGAAGCUUUUAACUGAAAGCACAGUGGCCCAUUCAAAGCUUCAGUACCACAUUGUCUCACCACACUGGAGAGGCAGUUGAUAGUGGAAGUGGGGAGCCACCACAAAUCAGGUCUACAAAAAUGUAGGCACUGAAAACACUGGAAUGUUAAUCUCUCUCUCUCUCUUCCCCCAGGGCUGGCCACCACUUUUGGUGGGUCCCUAUCGUUGGCCCGAUGGUGGGGGCCGCUAUCGGAACUGCUAUCUACAUGCUCUUCAUUGAACUUCACCACGCCCCUCGGGAGCCACCCCAGCGCAGCGCAGAACAUGAGAAAUACACCCUCACAAACAUGGAGGAAGAGAAGUCGCUCCACACUUCCAUUUAAAAAGGGACAAUGGACAUGCCCCCCCAGAGCAGCCCUUGCCAGGUGGGCCACGUGAAAAAAAGAGGGUCUUGAGAGUUGGGCCAGGCAGCUGAAGCUCCCUCUUCUUUGCAUUGCAGGACAGGUGGAAAGGGAACCGGGAGAUGGCUGCAUCGCCUAGGGAAGGAUGUUUGCCAUCCUCUCUGCGCAGCUGAGGUCCAGUUCCCACACCCACCCACGAAUCUAAAAGGGGGAGCAGUCACCUGACCUGCUAAUGCAACCUAUGCAAUUUAAAUAAUGUCGCCUAAUUAACCACUAAUGAGUGAGGUUCAUGUCAACAAGCUGCAGACAGAGGCUGUUAAUUGUUCCGUGGUGCCACUAGCAGAGACUCAUUACUGCCAAAAGCAUCUGUUGAAAAGGGCUAUAUUUUACAGGGUGGAGGUUUUUUUUAAAAGAAAAUACACCCUUGAAUGAGAUAACCUUAAAUGAGGCUGGCCUGGCUGUGUUUUAAAGGCAUUAACAGCACAGCUAUCAAACAGCAAUUAACUUAGAUGGUUUUCAUGGAAGAUUAGACCAGUGAUGGCAGAUAAGUAUAACAAUGCUUGUGAAGGCUGAUGGGGGGACUCCAUGUUCAAGGACAGUCUACCUCUACAUAACUGAAUGCUGGGAACAAACAAUAGGAAAGACUCCUUCCCUUCCUGCCAUAUUUGCCAGUUUCGCCAGAGGCUCCUGGCUGGCUUCUGGAUCCCAUUUCCCCUGAUAGAAUGCAUUUUUGCAUUUUGCAUAUUGUUUUCAUUAAUAUAUGCUUUCUUACACACUUUCUCAAAAUAUAUGGAAAAGAACUUUUCUAACUUUUGUUAGGCAAUCCUUCAACCAAAAGAGUAAACACACACACACAUUAUGUGUAUAAAAAUGCAAAUAUGUGAAAAUAUACAAAAUGCAUUCUAUUGGGAGGAAAUAUUUUUUUAAAUUAGGCAAAUUGGAUGCAAAAAUGUGUAUUUUAGAAGAAAUGCACAUUAAAAUCCUGGCAAUCUUUGUGGAGAGAUAUAAAUAUAUAUAUGGAUGUGGAAAACUGAAUAUUGGAAAAACCAAAUUUAAAAUUGUCAGUCUCUAACUUUUUGGGGCACUAAAGUUUGGGACACCAAAGGCUUUAUUCCAGGCAUUUCCAAGUGCUCAAAUUUACUUCCCAUGCCAGAUAUCUUAAUCUUAAUGGGAUCUUCCUAAACUAGAAGAGUUCCCUGUACUUCCCUUCCUGUGUUUCUUGGUUUGCGUCUGCAGCCCCAUCUAAUUUCACUGUCGUGUGUUUAAAUACACACAUCACUAAUCAUAACUUUGCUGUUCCUAUGACAUCUGUUCAUCAGUAUUCAUCCACGAAAUACUCUUUUUCUGAUUUUAUGCACCCGCACCUUUGGGGGCAAAUGCUCUGGAGGGGAAAAAACAUUUUACAAAUGUACCCCUCUCAUUCCACCCACAUCUUCCACCUGUAACAGUUUAAUCAAGCAAUUCAACAGUUUAGGAACGAAGUGGGCAUUUAGGCUGGUUGUUAGGCUCAAACGAAGUGGUUGUUAGGCUCAAAGGCCAAAGCAGCAACUCCAAUGCAGGGGUGACCCCCCCCCCAUGGCCCUCCAGAUGUUGCUAGACUCCCAACUCCCAUCAGCCUCAGCCCAAGGCAUAGCUAAUGUUCAAGAGUGAUGGGAGUUGUAGUCUGACAACAUCAGGGAAAGGCGGCUACACUUUAGCCAUCUCUGCACAAAAGAGUGGGAGGAACACAUUGGACAGGGUGCCCUGUGCCCAGAGGACUUUUAAACAUGCUGUGCAGGAGACAGGCAGGUCUGACCCACAGGGCCCAAUCCACCUGGACACUCUCCUUCCUACACAAGUUCCACUAACACCUACAAUAACAACUUCCCAGCAGACUGUGCCCCAUGUUUAUUAAUGGUAAAUGUGGGGAGGAGUCCAUCACCAAACAACACCAACAGCACCUCUGCGUCUUUCAGUAAUGCUAAAUUUGUCAGGGAAGUUCCGCAAUGUGCCAUAUUUUCUCCUACUCACUCUUGCCUCUUUUCCCUGGCAUGUCCCCCAAGGACUAGCCUUUCAACGGAAAGUAUUUAUACCUACUUAAGAGGUUCCAAAACUCUUUGCAGGACCCAACCAGCAACCAGCAAAUUUUUUCUCCACCACAGGAUGGGCAGGAGGUGUUUGGGCCUUAGUCUUUGGUGGCAGAAGUGCGCUCUCCCUCUCCCUCUCCCUCUCCCUCUUCCUCUCCCUCUCCCUCUACCCCCCCCCGCCCUCUCCCCUGGUUUCUAGCAGUGGGAAAAGAGUAGAGAGCCUUCUCUGAUUUUUAUAUAUACACUGAUAAUGACCACAAAUAAAGUGAUUUUUUUGGUCUUCUGGUAACUC